AAGACUACCUCGAUUACUGGUUGAAUUCAAUCCACACUCAUGCUGGGAAGUCAUCUCCUGAAACCCAAUCACUGACCCCCCCUGUCAUCAUAGUUGGGACACAUAAAGAUGCUCAUAAUGUGACUGUCCAGUACAUAAACGACUAUUUUCACAAGAUAGACACUAACCUCCAUAGCAAGGUCUACUUUCGUCAUGUUAAAACAUACAUUGCAGUUGAUAACAAAUCCGAUGACGACCCUGAGUUGAACAGACUAAAGAAGACAAUCGUUCAGCUAGCAGAAGGUCAAGGAUUCUGGGGGCAGAAGGUACCUAUUAAAUGGUUGCUUCUUGAGAAACAUCUUCGUGGAUUAAAAGUAGAAUCCGAAGAUCGAGAGCCAGUGCGCUUUCUUAAGUUUGAAGAAGUCAAAGCGAUUGGUUUGAGAGAAGAAAUGGACCAGGCAUCUGUCACAGCUUGCCUUGAAUUUUAUCACUCAGUCGGAGACAUGAUUUUCUUCAAUGAAAACAACCUCUGUGAUCUUGUGAUUCUUGAUCCCCAGUGGCUCAUCGAUGUUUUCAAGAGUGUUAUAACAGUACCAAAGUUCGACAUAGACUCGAGUGAACAGAGCGAGUCUGAAAGAACUGUUUGGGAGAUACUGGAUAAAGAUGGUGUUAUUAUGGAGAAAUCAAUUGAAACCGUAUGGAAGGAUCGUUACGCUAAAUUAUCGAUUCCUAGCGAUGUUAUGAUAGAUAUCAUGCAACGAUUUGACUUAAUUUGUCCAUUUGGAAAUAACCAGAGAAGUUUUCAGGAGAAACGACAAUUCUUUGUGCCUUGUUUGCUUCCCAAGCCAGAGCCCAGUGACGUUAUAAAAAACAAGCCACUUGCUGUUGGCACGCUUUUCUACACAUUCUCUUUCCUCCCUAAAGGGCUCUUUCAUCGACUCGUUGCCAAAAUCUGCCAAGAGAAUAAAUGGUCUUUACAUGGCAAAUUAUACUUUGAUUAUGCUGUUUUUAAAGUUACUGAUCAACUUCAUGUGUUGACACUCCUAGCAGAAGAAAAUUACCUUGAGUUGAAAAUUCACCAACUUUUGAAAGAAAGAACGAAUCGGAGACAAAAUAGCGAUAUGUGUUUGACGAUCCGUGAGGACAUCGAGGCAAUUCUGAAGUCUGCCAUUAAGAUCUAUUGUCCAAGUGUCAGCUUUAAGGCAUCCGUCAGGUGCAGAUGCCUAAAUAUCCAAGAAGGGCAAAAGUUAGUGCCAAUUUCAACGGAUGAAAUAAACAGGGGUCACAAACUAUGUGAUUUUCAUACAAAUUGUGAGGCUAUAGAUCUGCAAGAUUACAAACCCUGGUUCCAAAUGAUGGAAGGAAACUAUGGUAAGUGUAUAGAAACUAAAGUGUAAGUGUACGUACAUGUAUUUCCAAUAAAAUUGAGUUCAGACGUAAGUUGGUAUGAAAUUAAAGUCUGAAUAGUUACUUUUGAAUGACCAGAGGAAGGACACCUCGUAAAAAGCACUUAAUAUAUUGCUGCAUAACGUUCUUGAAUAAUAACAACAUUCUUUCCUUUUUCGUGACGAACGAAUGACAUCGACUGGUGUCCGU